CAAAAAAAAAAGCUUAUUCUCUCUCUACCCCAAAAAAAAAAAAACAGAAAUCUGGCCAAAAAAAAUAUCAAAAUAAAAAAGGAGAAUCUGAAGAGAAAGGUGAGGAUAUUUGAGAUGGGGAGUUUGGGAGAAGAAGAUUUAGAGAAGCUUGUGAUCGAUUAUAUGGAAUCUCCGAUCAACGUCUCCGAGCAUAUGGACAAGUCUUCAAGAGCUCUUAUCACUCUUCAGGAGAUUAUUGGGGAAAAAGGAGAAAAGGAGCAAGAAAUGGAAGAGAAGAUAAAUGCGUUUAUCAAUAGAAGAAGAUUAUCAUACGAAGGAGACGAUGAGAAGAGAGAUGUGAUGAAAAAGAUUGUUUCUAAGCUUAAAUCUGACGGCUACGAUGCUUCUAUCUCUAGAACCUCAUGGGACUCUUCUUUUGAUCGCCGUGAAGGGUGUCGAGUGUUUAGAUGCACGAGGAAGUACGAGUACAUUGAAGUCAUGGUGCGCGACGGUGAUGACGUAAUCAAGCGUGUAAUCAUCGAUCUUGAUUUCAAAUCACAGUUUGAGCUGGUGAAACAGACGAAAGCUUACAAAGACAUGACUCAGAUGCUUCCGACAAUUUUCGUGGCGAUGGAGGAGAGGCUCAAAAGAGUUGUUUCGUUGGUUUGUGGUGAGAUGAAAAAGUCGAUGAAUGAAGAAGGUAUGUCAAGACCGCCAUGGAGGACUACGAGGUACAUGCAAGCCAAGUGGCUCCCUGAAAAUCGUCGAAGAGUCUCUGGCUCUAAGAGAGGAUCUUGGUCUUUGUUUGAUAAUGGUGAAGAUGGUGAAGCUGUUGGGACAACGAGUGGUGGUACUGGUUUGAAAACUACGUGUUGUUUUCCUAUUUUCUGAGAGGAUUGCGCUGCGUCUUUUUCCUUCGAUUUAUAUAUAAGAAAAAAGGUUAGAAAUCGGGUUUUGAACAUUAGUUCGUUUUUUUUUUGGGUUCGAUAUAUAUAUAUAUAUAUAUAUAUUAAAAAAAAGAGUUGAAUAUUAGUUCUUUUUGUUUGUUUGUUGCUUCGUAUGAUUGUUAAAUUUUUUGGGGAGUGUUCAACAAAAAUUGAAGAAGAAGUAGGGGUUGAUCUGUCAGGUUUUUUUCUGCUGCUAUAUUGCAUCUUCUACUUGUAUCGAU